CAACAACAAAAAUGGCGUGCUGGCGUCUUUCAUAGAAUUAGACAUUCUUCUGGUUUUUAAAUGAUUAUUUUGCUUUCGCAAUGUGGUUCCCAGUCAUUAGUUACGCGAAAUAAGAAGACGAAUUUUCACAAAUUUCCUUAAUGGCUGGAAGUUAAGUGGAAUACUCAUGUCCGUUUUAAAAAUCGAAGAUAGUGCCUAAAUAGUAGAGGUUCUAAUGUUUCAUAGAUCUAUUGUAUCUUGUCGCGCGAAUCUAUGAAAGUGAAUUCGUGAUAUUUUUGUUGAUUUUAACUAAAAACUAUUAAACAUGGAAACUGAUAAAGUGUGCCGUGUUUGUUUGAUAACUGAUGUAAAACUGCAUGACUUGAGAUCAUAUCCAUUAGAUUCUUACUAUGAGUCUGUUAUUGGCACCAACCACCUCUUCUCACAUUUGCCGCCAUAUGCCUGCUUCGAGUGUGCAGCACUGGUGAGGAAGUUCUAUUUCUUCAGACAGAAAUGUUUGAGGAGCCAGGCAGCACUCUGUGCUGUGGUAGACCAAUCUGGCAAGGCAAAAAAAGAUCAACUCGAUGCAAUAGACAGAACUAGCCUCCAUAUCAAUUCAAGCUUUGGAAUCUACUACACAGCAGUAAUAAACAUACCUUUGGACAAUGAUCAACCAAUAAAACUUGAACCAGUUACUGAAGAUUUUGAUUUUGACACUGAUAAUGAUAAAAUUAAAUUAGAAGACCACACUUAUGCUUUAAAUGUUGGCUCAGAUCAUAUUGCAUCCAGUGAUGAUGAUGAACCACUUUCUCUACAUAAGGAGAAGAAAAGCUUAACAUUUACAAAGGAUGAGUCAGUUCAAGAGAAAAUAGAAUUUAAGGAGGAUUUUGGGGAACUUGCUUUUGCUGUAGGAGUAGACGAUGGAGACUCUGGACAUAUUAUUGAAGUUCCUCAAGUUGUAGAAAGAAAGAAGAAACGUAAAUUAAGGGCUGACACAAAUAAGUCUUCAAAGAACCUUUAUAAAGCAUCUAUUGGGCCAUCUGCCGAUUUUGAACAAUAUGUAAAUGUGAUAACGUUAACAUUGGAAGAACAGAUAGCAGAAAUAAUGAAGCGAAAAGAGUCAGCAAAUUAUUUGAAUUCUCCAUACCAGUGUAACCUUUGUUAUAAAGGUUUUAUAGAUAAUGAUGCAUGGAAUCACCAUGUUAGCAAACAUGCUGUGAGCGCAGGCAGUGUAGAAUGUAUAGUGUGUAAGUUCCGGUUUAAAACAAAACGUGCGUACCAGAAACAUGCGUCUAACCACGAGAAGAAAUAUGCUUGUAAAUCGUGUCCAUACGUUUCUAGAACACCGACUCAAGCUAAGCAACAUCAAGGAUGGCAUAAGGGAGUUACUUUCGAGUGUAAUCACUGCGGUGAAUCAUUUACCAUCUGGACAUCAUACAUGAGCCAUGUCCGCAUCAAGCACCCGUCGCAGCACAUCUGCAACGUGUGCGGCUACUCCUUCAUCAGCAAGAUGGGCCUCAACAUGCACAAGAGCAUGAUGCAUAAGGACCCGCAGGAGAACGCGGAUCAGAGCACAGAGGCGGGUCCCUACUGCGCGGAGUGUGAUGUCAAGUUCAUCUCUACUGAAGCGUACAAGCGACACAUGGUCAUGUCCGUCAAACACACGCAGAGUACAGAACAUGUUAACGGGUGUCGGAACUGCGGCGCCACGUUCGACACCGCCGAGGAGUUACGUCUGCACCACAGGAAGGAACAUUCUCGUAAGAGACCCAAGCACUACGGGAAAAAAAACAAUAAAAGUUUCCCUAUGCAGUGUGAACAUUGUUCAGAAACGAUACCGACCGCUCGGGACUACUGGACCCAUUUCCGUCGUGCACACCCGGAUAAGAAGUAUCCUAUACAGAAGAAUUAUAUCUGUGAUAUCUGUGGCAAGGGCUUUAGAGGCAACGCCUUCCUAGUGUACCACAAGCGCACCCACUUCGAGGAACGUGCUUACAAGUGUUCGCAGUGCGACAAGGCCUUCUACAACAGAACGAACCUGCAGGUGCACGAGAAGUCCCACUCCGACUCCCGGCCCUACUCCUGUUCUGUGUGCUUCAAGGCCUUCAAGAGCAAAGGGGCACUUGAUAGACAUUUUAGAUGCCACUCAGGCCUAAAACCCUACGAGUGUGAAGUCUGUGGGCGAGCAUUCUCUCAGUCCAACAGCAGGAAGGUGCACGUCCGUACUGUGCACCUCAAGCAGCCCGCGCCGUACGUCAGUCGAGCCCGCCUCGAGAAACGCAAGCCUAACAAGGACACGCAGCAAACACAACCGUUUGUUUAUUAAUAAAUGUAACAAAUAUAAAAAUAAAUGUUGGGUGAAAUUUUAGUCUACCUGGGGCCCGAUUCUGCUAAGUUAAUAAUGUCAAAAUUGAAUAGAAAUUAACCUCAGCGGUCAUUCGGCCACUAAUAUAAGACCAAUGACAUUUCAUUGGUCUGCGAUUGGUCUGCCAUUUGGUCUUUACAGUAGCUUGCUCUACAAUCAUAUUGUAAUCGUAAAUCAUUUGCAGACAGUAUAAUUCAUUAUUGAAUCAUAGAAAAUUGUUGAUUAUUGAAGGAUAAAAAUUGCGCAAUGCCGCAUACGCUUCAAUCGUAAUUGAGUUGUGAUUGAAUCUUAGUUGGAUAUCAAUCGUAUGUCGCUUAAAUAAAAUUUGCAGAAUCGAGCCCCUGUUCAGAAAAUGGCGUCUAUGUAUGGGCAGUUUUCAGUAGGAUGUAAUAAUUUGACUGAUUCUCUUUUUAAUAUUAUUUUAUUAAUGUAAAUUAUAUAAGGCAACGAAUUACUGUAGGUAUUUUGUUUUCUCCAUAUCCAUAAGGCUUUGUAGUCACAAUCGCUAGAAUGUUUUUUUUUUUUUGUAAAACUAGAAUAUUUUGGAUAAGGAUAUGGCUCGCAUCGAGUCAAGAUACAUAACACUUUGCUAUUCACUAGUAUUUUCAGUAAUAAAUAUAAUUAGCCUUUGAUUCCUUUUUUACACAGUUACCACUCACAAGCAUAAUAUUUUUCUUUACGAUUUUUUCUUUAGAAAUGUUCGUUAAUUAAUCUGCUGAGUCUUAUCCACGAAAGAAGGAAAUAUGUGCAGUCUUCUAGGUCAAAUAACGUACGGUAUUGUACGGAGUUACGAGUGAACUUAAACCUCGACACAUCUAUCGAAGAUUUUUAAUUUUAUAAAAAUGGGCGGGUUCCAGAGGAGGCGUAGGUAUGUACUGGCUCUGCCCAGUAAUGCUAGUUUUUUAGGAGAUUUACCAUUUCCGCUCGUCAUUUUGUUCUCCAUAGUUUUUACCUUUUCAGUAUGUUUUACAUAAAAUGUAACCCCUGUUUGCGAAUACAGCAAUACAUAUAGUGCAAUAUGAAAGCAAUAUUUAUCGUAUUUUAUAUGCAUGUAUUAAACCUAAUAAGAAGGCAGUAAAGCACCUACACUUUAAGUUGUCAUUGUUAAUGAAACUUAUUGUACUGAGCUUUAUAGAAAAUAAACUAUUCAUUUAAAUUGUCAUUUAUUUAUUAAUUUCUUGCAUUCUUUAAUUUUGAAUUGUUUUUGGUCACUUGAAUAAAUGAAUUUAAAUAAUA